GUGACGCGGCGUGGCCUGCUGCCUAGGAAACGCAGAGCGCGUGCUUCCGCUGGAGCAGGGGCUCCGGGGCUCCGACCUCCGGGCUGGGGCGCAGGCUGCAGCGGGACGCGAUGCUGUGCGCCCGCAGGCUGGGCGGCCUCGGAGCCGGGGUAGCGGCUCUGCGGCCGCGGCUAGCGGGCCGACUUGGCUGCAGAGCUGGCGUCCGAGCCCGAAGGGUCAGCACCAGCUGGGCCCCGGUGGGCGCCGCGUUCGACGUCAGGCCGCAGGGCCGCCUCCGGGGCGUGUUCGGCGAGCGCCGGGGUCUCUUUGGCGUGCCCGAGCUCAGUGCCCCCGAAGGGUUUCAGGUGGCGCAGGAGGAAGCCUUGCGAAGGGCGGAGGUGCUGGUGCAGCGCGCCUGUGCCACGCCCGCCGGGCCGGAGACCGUGCGCGUCUUCGAUGAGCUGUCCGACACCCUGUGCAGAGUGGCUGACUUGGCUGAUUUCGUGAAGAUUGCACACCCGGAGCCGGCGUUCAGAGAGGCCGCCGAGGAAGCCUGCAGGAGCAUCGGCACCAUGGUGGAGAGGUUGAACACGAAUGUGGAGCUGUACCAAAGCUUGCAGAAAUUACUAGCUGACAAAACGCUUGUGGACUCCCUGGAUGCUGAAACCAGGCGCGUGGCCGAACUGUUCAUGUUUGAUUUCGAAAUCAGUGGGAUCCAUCUAGACGAAGAGAAGCGUAAAAGAGCAGUGGACCUCAACGUCAGAAUCUUGGAUUUGAGUAGUCAGUUUCUUAUGGGAACCAACUUCCCCGUCAAGAUUGAAAAGCGCCUCUUACCCGAGCACAUUCACCGUCACUUUGUGCAUGACGGGAGUCACAUAGUGGUCGAUGGUCUGCACGCGGAGGCCCCGGAUGACCUGGUUCGAGAAGCUGCUUAUAAAAUUUUUCUUUACCCCAAUGCCGGCCAGUUAAAAUGUUUAGAAGACUUGCUCAGGAACAGAGAUCUUCUGGCGAAGUUGGUGGGGUAUUCUACGUUUUCCCACAGGGCCCUCCAAGGAACGAUAGCUCAGAACCCAGAGACUGUCACGCAGUUCCUUGAGAAGCUAUCCGACAAACUUUCUGAGAGAGCUGUGAAAGAUUUUGAGAUGAUGCGAGGGAUGAAAAUGAAACUAAAUCCUCAAAAUUCUGAACUGAUGCCUUGGGAUCCCCCCUACUACAGUGGUAUGAUUCGUGCGGAGAGGUAUAACAUUGAGCCCAGUUUGUACUGCCCGUUUUUCUCCCUCGGAGCAUGCAUGGAAGGCCUGAACAUCCUGUUUAACAAGCUGCUGGGCGUUUCACUGUAUGCAGAGCAGCCUGCCAAAGGCGAGGUGUGGUGCGAAGACGUCCGCAAGCUGGCUGUUGUUCAUGAAUCUGAAGGAUUGUUGGGGCACAUUUACUGUGACUUUUUCCAGCGAGCAGAAAAACCACAUCAGGACUGCCACUUUACAAUUCGAGGAGGCCGAUUAAAGGCAGACGGAGAAUAUCAGCUCCCAGUUGUAGUUCUUAUGCUGAAUAUUCCCCAUUCCUCAAGGAACUCACCCACGUUAUUAACUCCGGGGAUGAUGGAAAAUCUUUUCCAUGAGAUGGGACACGCCAUGCACUCCAUGCUGGGACGAACUCGGUACCAGCAUGUCACUGGGACCAGGUGCCCCACGGAUUUUGCGGAGGUUCCGUCUAUUCUGAUGGAGUACUUCUCAAAUGAUUAUCGAGUGGUUAGCCAAUUCGCCCGACAUUAUGAGACUGGACAGCCGCUGCCCAAAGCCAUGGUGUCCCGGCUCUGCGAAUCGAAGAAGGUGUGUGCCGCUGCGGACAUGCAGCUCCAGGUUUUUUAUGCCACUCUGGAUCAGAUCUACCAUGGGAAGCAUCCCCUGAGGAAGUCAACCACAGACAUUCUCAAGGAAACACAGGAGAAAGUUUAUGGCCUCCCCUAUGUUCCCAAUACUGCCUGGCAGCUGAGAUUCAGCCACCUGGUGGGCUACGGAGCCAAAUACUACUCUUACCUGAUGUCCAGGGCCGUGGCGUCCAUGGUUUGGAAGGAGUGUUUCCUACCGGACCCUUUUAACAGGGCUGCGGGAGAGCGCUAUCGCAGGGAGGUGCUGGCCCACGGCGGGGGCAGGGAGCCCAUGCUGCUGGUCCAAGGUAUGUUGCAGAAGUGCCCGUCUGUCGAUGAUUUUGUGGACGCUCUCGUUUCUGACCUGGAUCUGGACUUUGAAACUUUCUUCAUGGAUUCUCAGUAAUGGAAACACCGGACUCAUGCAGAUAGUAACUCUGUCGGAAAUGUUGUAGCUGUGAAAACUCGUUUCUGAUUUCAUUAUUCACUUAUGUAAUAACUUUUGGCAAACCUCUAAGCAGUGGAACUUGGAAUAAAUAAUUUGUUUGAAGUAUACUUA